GGGUUCAGAUCAAAGCACGCUCUUUUCGCGAAUAUCCUCUAGGUGAAGUUGCCUCUCACAUGGUAGGUUAUAUAGGACGAAUUUCUCAAAAAGAUAAUGAAAAACUUCGGAAACGCAGUGAAGAAGGGAAGCAAGAUGAUCCGCGUAAAGACUUUGGUAACUAUCGUGGUACGUCCUAUAUCGGUAAAUCCGGCAUAGAAGAAAGUUAUGAAACCGAACUUCAUGGCACAACGGGCUCUGAGAAUGUCGAGGCGGAAGCGAAUGGCACCGUUGUACGGGUAUUAUCCAGGAAAGCCCCUACCAAUGGAAAUAAUCUCAUUUUGGCAGCGGAUAUUCGUUUGCAAUAUCUUGUCGAGCAUUUGUUCAAUGGUCGAAAGGGCGCAUUUGUCGCUAUCGAACCUGAAACCGGUGACAUUCUCGCUUAUGUUUCAAAACCCAACUAUAACCCUAACUCAUUUGUAGAUGGAAUUGAUCCUCAAACUUGGGCUGGUUUGCGUGAUGAUCCCAAAAAACCGAUGCUCAACCGCCCUAUUCAAGCGACUUAUCCACCAGGAUCAACUUUUAAACCUUUUAUGGCCAUGUCUGCUUUAAUGGAUGGGAUACGUAAACCCGAGCAAGCUUAUAAUGACCCAGGGUACUACAUUUUGGGUAAACAUCGCUUUCGUGGUCAUGCGACGGGUAUUACGAAUAUGCACCGUUCCAUUGCGCAAUCGAGCAAUACCUACUAUUAUAUUUUAGCGCAUGAUAUGGGGAUAGAUAAGCUGCAUAACUUGUUGAGUCAAUUUGGUUUCGGAAAUAAAACGGGUAUAGACCUAGUGGGUGAAAAAAAGGGACUGUUACCUUCAUCAGAAUGGAAGAUGAAGCGUUAUAAGCAAAAGUGGCUAGAUGGCGAAACCAUUUCUGUAGGGAUUGGUCAAGGUUAUUCGAACUUUACGAUCACACAACUCGCUUAUGCGACAGCGAUCAUCGCAAAUAAGGGGGUUGUUAUGAAACCGCAUCUUGUUAAGUUUAUCGAGUCGGUGACUUCAGGGGAGCGAGUACCUACUGUACCAAAAGAAACGAGCCGAUUGCCCAUGACACAAAAACAAGUUGAUGUGAUCACCAAUGCUAUGGUUGAGGUCAAUCGUUCGGGCACAGGGGCAAAAGCGUUUUCAGGAUUCCCCUUUCCUGUUGCGGGUAAAACGGGUACCGCUCAAGUUAAAGACUUAAAGGGGCGAGCUUACAAUCGUUCAGUGACACCAGAAGAGUUUCGUGAUCAUUCGUUAUUUAUCGCUUUUGCACCUGCAGAUAAGCCUAAAAUUGCUAUGGCACUUGUAGUUGAAAAUGCCGGAUUUGGUGCAGAAGCCGCAGCACCUAUUGUUCGAAGUGCUUUGGAUUAUUAUUUACUGGGCAAGUUGCCCAAAACUGUAGAGGAGAUAACAAAACAAUGGUACAGAACACAUUUGUACCCCCCUCAUCAACUGCCAAAAGGCUUUUUUGACCCAAUGACCUCACAAGUUGUCCCCAAUGAAAACUUAAGGAGCAACACAAUGAAAAAUAUUUCGGGUUGGCCACAAAAAAUGCUCAGUGGUUUUGAUAAACCACUAUUGUUGAUGAUGGCCACCGUUUACAUUCUGGGACUGGUUACACUGUACUCUGCAAGCCUAUCACACCCAGAGUUCUUGGGGCAACAAGUCCGCAAUAUCUUAAUAUCAUUGAUACUGGUGUUUGCACUAGCCAAUAUCUCACCCCAAAACAUUAUGCGUUUAGGACCGCCUAUUUACGUGUUAGGGGUAGUGUUGUUGGUCGCUGUUUUAUUGUUUGGGGUGACUAAAAAAGGUGCCACACGGUGGCUUCACGUAGGCAUCGACAUUCAGCCUUCUGAAAUCAUGAAGAUAGCUGUUCCGUUGACCAUUGCUUGGUAUUUUCAUAAUCGGGAAAGUUUGCCCAAAUUUAAAGAUUUUAUUGUGGCCAGUCUGAUUCUGAUUAUUCCUGCCUUAUUAAUAGCUAAACAGCCUGAUCUUGGAACAGCCAUAUUGGUCACUUCAGCGGGUGCCUAUGUGAUUUUUUUUGCGGGGAUGAGUUGGUGGCUUGUGGUUCCAUUGAUGCUCGCGUUAGUGAUCAGUGUUUUGAUGUUACUCUCAUUUGGUCCAGACGGCUGUGCGAGCGAGAAAAAAUGGCCACUAUUACACAACUAUCAAAAACAU